ACCACCUUACUCUGAAAUCCAUCCUGUUAUCACUUCUGAGUACUUGGAGUCAGUUGUUUUAAACACUGACCUCGUCUUAAUUGGUGGCGACUUCAACAUUCAUGUCCAAUGUGAUGAUGACAAUGAUGCUAUUAAAUUACUUGAGCUAUUUGAAAGUGUCGGACCUGAUCAACAUGUACACAUUCCUACUCAUUGUAGUGGUCAUAUCCUUAAUCUUAUGUCACCCGACAAACUGAUCAGAUCAUCGCUUCAUCUCCUAGAGCUUACUGUUUGUUUUCUGAUUACAUGCCAGUAUUCUGUCAAUUACAACUGGACAGAGUUCCACGAAUUAACUCAAAAGUUUCGUAUCGCAAUGUCGCGGCCAUAA